GGGAAAACACGGAGUGAACAGUGUUUAUUUAAUGAAAUUUACGAAAUGACGAAUAAUGUCCUCAUCCUUUUGUAACAAUUACAUUGCCAAUAAGGUUUUCUCUCUUUCUCUCUUAACAGGCUGGGACGCGGGGUUGCCGUCAACACAUAGGAGAGAUCGAUCUGUGCUCCAACAUCUUCAAAGCAUACCAACUCUCGAGAGAUCGAUCUGCGCUCCAAGAUCGCUCUGUCACCGCCUCUCUCUCUCUCUAUCUGGGCUGCCGUCAACAUAUCUUCCAAGAUCGAUCUGUGCUCCAACAUCUUCAAAGAUCGAUCUGUUCUUCAACAUCUUCAAAGAUCGAUCUGUGCUCCAAUAUCUUCAAAGCGUACCAACUUUCGAGAGAUCGAUCUGUGCUCCAAGCUCUUCAAAGCGUACCAACUCUCGAGAGAUCGAUCUCAACAGCAAAUUGAUUUAGAAACUGAUGAAUUGAUUUAGAGAAUCAAACUCACUAACAAGUAGUCACAAAUCGAAACAAGAGCUGCGGCCCUGUUUCUAUAUUUGGUCGAUUUGUAGUAUUCUGGGUACUAAAUUUCCACAGGCAGAGAUAGAAUGGGAAAGACGAAAUCCACCGGUACUGAAAAUGAGGGAUCUGGAAAACGAAAAGCCACAUGGCCUUAUGAGGUAGUAGCUAUAUUUUGUGAUAUAGCUGUUAAGGAAGUGGCCAAGGGAAACAGACCUGGUACACAUUUUGAUAAAAAGGGAUGGUCAAAUGUUAUCAAGGCCUUUAAGGAGUUAACCGGAAGGGAUUAUGAUAAAAGUCAAUUGAAAAAUAAGUGGGAUUCACUUAAAAAUGAUUGGAAAUUGUGGAGUUCACUAUUGCAUAAGGAAACUGGUAUUGGAUGGGAUCCGACUAGGAAGACUGUUGAUGCACCUGCUGAGUGGUGGGAAUCCAAAAUUCAGAUCAAUCCAGAGUAUCGCAAAUUUGGUGACGUUGGAAUUAGUCCUGAAAUGAUGGCUGUUUAUGAUAACAUAUUUAGGGGUAGCACAGCCCUAGGUCACUCUGUCAUGAUUCCCUCAGCUACUAUAGAUAUUGAAGAGGUGGUGGAGGAUUCUGAGCAUAAUGACAUUUCUGGAGAUGAUGAGGAGAUGGACCAGCAAGGUGAACCAAGAGGGAAAAAGAGAAAAACUGUGGAGUGCCAAACUGGGCGUAAUAAAGAAAAAAAGAUAAAGGAGUUAUGGGAGGGCCAAAGGGGAAGAAAGAAAAGGUGGGAGGUGCAGCUCAAUUGUCUAAACAAAUUGAUCGUCUUGUUGAAGUAGUCGAGAGUAGGAGUACAGCUACAUCUGUCCGUACUACUAGUACAGAACAAGGAACUAGUAUUCAGGAGGUGAUGCGAGUUGUUGCAACUUUACCAGGAGCAGAAACUGGUACCAAGCUAUGGUGGUUUGCAACAGAGUUGUUCUGCUCUCAAGAGAAGCGAGAGAUGUUUUCUAUUAUGACAGAUGAUGAUCUCAAGCUCCAGUUUCUGAUUCUUAAUCAGAAAAAAGCUGAAAAUUGAGUAGGCUGAUCCUACUUUGUAAUAAGAUGUGUGUUGCUUGUUGUUUAGACCUAAGCUGAACUCCUUUCUAUUUUUGUGAUUUUCCAGGAACUAAGAUUGCGUGAUGUUCAUUGUGUACGGUACUUUAUUUUACUAAGCUGAAAGUGAUAUUGAUGCA